AUGGCAUUAGAUCAAGAUAUUCAAAGCAAAAUGUACUGGAAACAAGAUCCUGAACAAGAAAAAGCAGCAAGAGAAUGGGUCGAAUCUGUAACUGGUGAACGAUUUUCAUCAGACAAUUAUGCAGAAGCUCUUCACGAUGGAAUCAUUUUAUGCAAACUAAUGAAUAAACUCAAACCUGGUUCUGUACCCAAGAUUCAUACACAAGGACCUUCAAUUAAAUUACGUGAAAAUAUUGGCCUUUUUCAAGAAGCUGCACGUGCUUAUGGUGUCAAUCCAAGUGAAUUAUUUCAAGCUGUUGAUUGUUUCGACAAACAAAAUAUUCCACAAGUAACGCAAUGUAUAUUUGCUUUAAAUCGCGUUGCUCAAAAGAAUAACUUUAAAGGACCCAAAUUGAACUAUCAAACCAAAUUACCUGUCUACGAUUAA